AUGGCGACGCGGAGAUCGGCAAGUAUGCCGUCACGGUUGCGGCAGCUUCUUUCCGGAGAAGGAUCAAUCGGCCCCUCUAUUAGACUCGACACUGAGCCUCCUGCGGAGAUCAAAUCGUUUAUAGAUAAAGUGAUACAGAGUCCACUCGCAGAUAUUGCGUUACCUCUCUCUGGUUUUCGGUGGGAGUACAGUAAGGGGAACUUCCAUCACUGGAGACCUCUCUUUCUACAUUUUGACAAGUACUUCAAGACUUUCUUAUCUACUAGGAAUGACCUUCUCUUGUCUGACAAUAUCUUACAAGACGAGGAUUCCUUCCCCAAGUACACUGUUCUUCAAAUUCUUCGGGUCAUGCAGAUCAUUCUCGAAAAUUGCCCCAACAAGAGUUCCUUUGAUGGCUUAGAGCACUUUAAACUCCUACUUGCCUCCACUGAUCCAGAGGUUCUCAUUGCAGCCCUGGAGACUCUUUCUGCGCUUGUCAAAAUCACCUCAUCUAAGCUCCACAAGAGUGGGAAGCUGAUUGGAUGUGGUUCUGUCAACAGCUUCCUCCUCUCUCUUGCCCAGGGCUGGGGCAGCAAAGAGGAAGGUUUGGGUUUGUAUUCUUGCCUUGUCGCUAACGAGAGAAACCAAGACGAAGGUCUGACCUUAUUUCCUUCCGACUUGGAUAAUAGUCACAACGAAGCUGCUUCUCGGAUUGGUUCUACCGUUUAUUUUGAGUUGCGUGGACAGAGAGUAGAUGAUGAUGGCACAAGUGCUACUUCUUCUUCGAGGGUCAUACAGAUUCCUGAUUUACACUUGAGGAAAGAGGAUGAUCUAGUGUUAAUGAAGGAGUGUAUAGAGCGUUUCAAUGUUCCCGCGGAGCUCAGGUUCUCUCUACUGACCCGACUCAGAUAUGCUCAUGCUUUUCGUUCUUCCAGAACCUGCCGGUUGUAUAGCAGGAUCUGCCUACUUGCGUUUAUUGUGCUUGUUCAGUCAAGUGAUGCUCAAGAAGAACUCGCUUCCUUUUUUGCAAAUGAACCCGAGUAUACAAAUGAAUUAAUAAGAAUUGUCAGAUCUGAAGAACCAAUCCCUGGAACCAUUAAAACUCUUGCCAUGCUUGCCUUGGGGGCCCAAUUGGCUGUAUACUCGGCCUCUCAUGAUCGAGCCAGGAUUCUAAGCAGAUCUAGCAUCAAUUUCGCUGUAGGCAACAGAAUGAUUCUUCUUAAUGUGCUUCAGAAAGCCGUGCUGUCUUUGAAGACUUCUAGUGAUCCAUCAUCUAUUGCUUUUGUUGAGGCGCUACUUCAGUUUUAUUUACUUCACAUUGUUUCAUCAUCAUCAUCUGGAAGCACUAUAAGGGGUUCUGGAAUGGUUCCCACGUUUCUCCCUCUCUUGGAGUAUACUGAUCCGACCCACCUGCAUCUUGUAUAUUUGGCUGUUAAAGCACUACAAAAGCUCAUGGAUUAUAGUAGUUCUGCCGUACCUCUACUCAGGGAUCUUGGGGGAGUAGAGCUUUUGUCUCAGAGGUUAGACGUAGAGGUUCAUCACAUUCUUAAGUUGACUGGAGAGAACAACACUGAUAUGGUAGUUGGUGGAUCUUUAGAAUCGAAUAGUGAUCAGUUGCGCUCCCGAAAGAGACUCAUCAAGGUUCUUUUGAAAUCUCUUGGUUCUUCUACGUAUACUCCUGGAAAUGCGAAUAGAUCUCAAAGUUCUCAGGAGAGUACGUUGCCUGCCACUUUGUCUUUGAUAUACAGGAAUGCAGAUAAAUUCGGUGGUGAUAUCUACUACUCAGCUGUGACAGUUAUGAGUGAUUUAAUCCACAAAGACCCCACAUCUCUUACUUCCCUGUUUGAAAUGGGCCUCCCUGAAGCAUUUCUGUCUUCAGUUGUAUCAGGAAUACUUCCUUCUUCCAAGGCUAUUGCAUGCAUUCCAAAUGGAUUGGGCGCAAUAUCUCUUAAUAGCAAAGGGUUGGAGACGGUAAAAGAAACUUCUGCACUGCGCUUCCUUGUUGAUGUAUUUACUUCCAAGAAGUAUGUUCUAGCUAUGAAUGAGGCCAUCGUUCCAUUCACAAAUGCUGUGGAAGAGCUUUUGCGACAUGUUUCAUCUCUAAGAGCCACCGGUGUUGAAAUAAUCAUUGAAAUUGUGGAUAGAAUUGCAGGCUUUGGAGAGAGUGGUUCUUCAUCAUCUUCUGUAAAUCCGACUGAGAGUACUGCAAUGGAAAUGGAUUCAGAUGUGGAGAACAUAAAUGCCGUCAGUCAUGAGCAGUUUAUUCAACUCUGCAUCUUUCAUCUGAUAAUUCUGCUCCACAGAACAAUGGAGAAUGCUGAGACUUCUCGUCUCUUUGUGGAGAAGUCUGGCAUUGAGGCGGUACUUAAGCUCCUCUUGCGUCCUAGCAUUGCUCAGUCUUCUGAAGGCGUAUCCAUUGCCUUGCACAGCACCAUUGUUUUCAAAGGGUUCACGCAACAUCACUCUGCUUCUCUUGCUCGGGCCUUUUGCACUUCUCUUCGUGAUCAGGUGAAGAAAGCUUUAAAAGGACUGCAAGAUCUCUCAGGGGUAUUCUUACUUGAUCGAAAACUUUCUCCAAGUUGUGGAAUUUUUUCUUCUCUUUUCCUUGUGGAGUUUCUUCUGUUUCUAGCUGCAUCAAAAGAUAACCGUUGGAUGACUGCAUUGCUUUCGGAGUUUGCAAAUGGAAGCAAGGAUGUUCUGGAGGAUAUAGGCCAUUUGCACCGUGAAAUUUUAUGGCACAUAGCAGUUUACGAGAGUGCAACGCUGGAAAGUCCAGAUGCUUCUCCAGAGUCGGAGCAAACAGAGGUGUCUAUAAAUGGGACAGAAGGACAAAGAUUUAGUUCUUUUAGACAGUUUCUGGAUCCUUCAUCUCAGAGAAGAACGUCAGGAUGGAGCUCGGAAUCGCAAUUCUUUGAUUUGAUAAAUCUUUACCGGGAUCUUGGACGUGCAUCAACUGGAUUUCAACCACGAGCCAUCACUGGUGGUCCCUCCAGUUCAUCAGACGUUUCUGGUAGCAGAGAGCUUGAAAAAGAUGGAUCCUAUUAUACAUCAUGCUGUGACAUGGUGAAGUCAUUGUCCUUCCACAUCAGUUACAUAUUCCAAGAGUUAGGGAAGGCAAUGCUGCUCCAAUCUCGUAGGAGAGAAGAUACAAUAAAUGUAUCUGCGUCAUCUAAGUUAGUUGCCUCAAGUUUUGCUUCAAUCUCCCUGGAUCACUUGAAUUUUGAAGGCCAUGAGAUUGCAGCUGAGGCAUCAAGUUCAACUAAAUGUCGCUACCUUGGCAAGGUUGUUGACUUCAUCGAUGCUGUCCUUCUUGACAGGCCUGAUUCCUGUAAUCCUGUUAUGAUAAACUGCUUUUAUGGACGGGGGGUGAUUCAGACGGUUUUGACAACAUUUGAUGCUACUAGCCAGCUUUUAUUUGCAGUUAAUAGGAACCACUCAUCUCUGAUGGAGACUGAUGAUUUAAAAGGAAAGCAAGAUGAGAAGGAUGAUACAGAUCAUGCGUGGAUAUAUGGUCCGCUGGCUAGCUACGGUAAGAUCAUGGACCAUUUGGUCACGUCAUCGUUCAUCUUGUCACCAUUCACAAAACACUUCCUCGUUCAACCAGUAGAAAAUGGGAAUAUUCCAUUUCCACAAGAUGCUGAGACAUUUGUGAAGAUCCUGCAGUCCAUUGUGUUGAAAGCUGUACUUCCGGUUUGGACUCAUCCACUAUUUACGGAAUGUAGUUAUGAUUUCGUUACUACACUCAUUUCCAUCAUCAAGCAUGUGUAUUCUGGAGUUGAACUGAAAAAUUUAGGUGGCAAUGGUAGCGGUCGUGUGACAGGUCCACCUCCCAGUGAAACAACCAUUUCAACAAUUGUGGAGAUGGGGUUCUCCAGAUCCAGAGCCGAAGAAGCUUUGAGACAGGUUGGAUCUAACAGUGUUGAGUUAGCUAUGGAAUGGCUGUUUUCCCACCCAGAAGAAAUCCAAGAGGAUGAUGAGCUUGCUCGCGCUCUUGCAAUGUCCCUUGGAAAUUCUGAAUCAGAUACAAAGCAGAAUGUUGUAGAUGAAACUCAAGAACAGAUUGAAGCAGAAGUAGUCUCACUGCCACCAGUUGAAGAGCUGAUAACCACAUGUACGAAGCUUUUGCAGAUGAAAGAACCCCUUGCUUUUCCCGUUAGAGACUUGCUUGUAUUGAUAUGCUCAGAAAACAAUGGGGAACACCGAUCUAGUGUUGUAUCUUACCUUGUCAGCCGGAUUAAGGAUUGUUGUCCUGUCUUCGAUGACUCAAAGAGCAAUCUGCUCUCCGCUCUGUUGCAUGUUCUUGCUUUGAUUCUACAUGAAGAUGCAGGUUCCCGCGAAGUUGCGCUGAAGGCUGGUGUUAUAAGAAUUUUGUGCGAUGUACUCUCAGAGUGGGAUUCUGGUAGUAUUGAUAAAGAAAAGUUUCUUGUUCCAAAGUGGGUGACGACAGGGUUUCUUGCCAUUGAUAGGCUGCUACAAGUGGACCAGAAAUUAAAUACUGAGCUUAUAGAGGAGUUGCAAAAAGGUGAGACAUCUCUGGCCAUUGAUGAGAGCAAGCAAGACAAGCUGCAAUCUGUUUUUGGCUCUCCACAGCUUGUUGAUGUUGACGAUCAAAAGAGGUUGAUUGAGAUUGCUUGCACAUGUAUCCGGAAUCAGCUUCCUUCUGAAACUAUGCAUGCUGUUCUACAGCUGUGUUCUACAUUGACGAGGAAACAUUCUGUUGCUAUCUGCUUUCUUGAUUUUGGAGGUGUGCAAGGACUGCUUUCUCUGCCGAGUAAUAGUCUUUUUCCAGGGUUUGACUCAGUUGCUGCUAGUAUCAUCCGUCAUGUUCUUGAAGAUCCCCAAACGCUUCAGCAAGCCAUGGAAUCUGAGAUAAAACACGCACUUGCAACACUUUCCAACCGGCACUCUAAUCCGAGAAUCUCUCCACGCAAUUUUUUGUUGCAUGUGAAUUCUGUAAUUGCUCGGGACCCAGUAACUUUUAUCCAGGCAGCUCGUUCUAUAUGCCAAGUAGAGAUGGUUGGUGAUAGACCGUACAUGGUAUUAGUGAAAGAAAAAGAGAAAUCAAAAGACAAAGAGAAGGAUAAGGACAAAACUGACACCAAGGCGGCAUCUAAAUUUCACCGGAAACCUCCUCAGUCGUUCAUUGGUGUUGUUGAGCUACUUUUGGAUUCUAUCUGUAAUUUCAUUCCUCCUCCAAAAGAUGAAAUGGUUGAAGGGGAUACUACUGUAGCAGACAUGGAUAUUGAUCUUGCCUCUACUAAGGGAAAAGGCAAAGCGGUUGAUACUACACCUGAAGAAAAGAAAGCUAAUUCACAGGAUGUGUCCGCUUCAUUGGCUAAAGUUGUUUUCAUUCUGAAGCUUUUGAGCGAGAUGCUGUUAAUGUAUUCUUCCUCAAUCCAUAUAAUACUUCGAAGAGAUGCUGAAAUUAACGGUCUUAGAGGUCCUCAACAGAAAAGUGCUCAAGCUGGUGGAAUAUUUCAUCAUAUUCUUCACAAGUUUAUUCCAUACUCAAGGGUGAAGAAGGAAAAGAAAUCUGAGAGUGAUUGGCGGCAGAAGCUGGCAAGUAGGGCUAAUCAGUUUCUAGUGGGCGCAUCUGUUAGAUCAGCUGAAGCAAGGAAGAGAAUAUUUUCUGACAUGAGCAGUAUCUUCAGUGAUUUCAUAGAUACCUCCAAUGCGCCUAAACCUCCAGUUAAUGAAAUACACAUUUUAAUAGAUCUGCUGAGUGAUAUGCUCUCUGCUCGGUCACCUACUGGAUCACAUAUAUCUUCAGAAGCUUCAAAUACUUUUGUUGAUGCUGGAUUGGUUAAGUCUCUUACUCGUACUCUUGAAGUGUUGGAUUUGGACAAUGUAGAAUCUCCCAAAGCUGUAACAGGCAUCUUAAAAGUCUUGGAGUUGGUGACUAAGGAGCAUGCCCGUUCUGCUGAUUCAAACUCGAAGGAUGAAAAUGCGAACAAUUCAUCUGAUCAAAUUCAAGCAGGAAGAGGAGAUACCACUGUUGAAGCAGGGGAAACUAUGCUUCAGUCGAAUCAUGAUUCCAUGACAACUGAUCAUGUGGAAAAUUUUGGUGGUUCCCACACCUAUGUUGGUUCAGAGGAUGUGACGGAUGACAUGGAGCAUGAUCAAGGCUUGGAUGGACGUUUUGCCGCAGGUGAGGAUGAUUAUAUGCAAGAAGCCGGCGAGGAUGCCAGGGGGUUGGAAAACAGGAUUGGGUCGAUGGGUAUAGAACUUGAGAUGCAUACCCACGUGCAGGAAAAUCCUGAUGAAGAGGAAGACGAAGAGAUGUCUGGUGAUGAGGGUGACGAAAUAGGUGAGGAUGAGAACGAUAAUGAGGAAGAAGACGAGGAGGACAAUGACUUGGAAGAAGAAGAGGAAGAAGAUGAUGUACAUCACCUACCUCAUCAUGACAUUGAUCAAGAUGAUCAUGAGCUUGACGAUGAUGAAUUUGAAGAGGAAGUACUGGUUGAAGAAGAUGAAGAGGAUGAAGAUGGUGAAGAUCGGGUAAUUCUCAGGUUUGAGGAUGGAGUCAAUGGGCUAAACGUUCUUGAUCAUUUGGAUGUUCUUAGAGAUCAUAGGUUUUCUGAUGAAACACUUCAUGUAAUGCCUGUUGAAGUCUUUGGCUCCAGACGUCAAGGACGAACAACUUCUAUUUACAGCCUUCUUGGCAGAACUGGGGAUGGUGCUACUCCUUCACAGCAUCCUCUUUUAACGGGAUCUCCAUCACUUCCAGUGUCGCAAAGUCAAACAGAAAGUAUGCGUGAUCUUACUGUUGGAGGUAGGGAUUCCCACGGUAGUUCUUCGUCACGACUGGAUGCUAUAUUUCGAUCUUUGAGGAAUGGCCGGCAGGGGAACCGUUUGAAUUUAUGGGCUGAUGACAGCCAGCAAAUUGUUGGAUCUGGCGCUUCUACCGUACCACAAGGCCUUGAAGAUUUGCUGGUAUCUCAGCUUUUACUGAAUUUAUGUUCUCAUGGCGAAACAAGGCUUUCCUUGGUUAAUAGAUUCAUGGAUAUGCUGAUGCUCGACACUAGGAAGCCUGUUAACUCUUCGAGUGUUUCCGAACCACCUUAUCGUCUUUAUGCUUGUCAAAGCAAUGUAACAUAUUCACGUCCUCAGCACUUCGAUGGGGUUCCUCCUCUAGUGUCUCGGCGUGUACUUGAGACGUUGACAUAUCUGGCACGAAAUCAUAUGUACGUAGCAAAGAUUCUGCUUCAGUCCAGGCUUUCCCUGCCUUCCCUUCAAGGUUCAGAACCCUCAGACAAGGCACGUGGAAAAGCUGUUGUAGUAAGUGAUGAUGAUAACAUGGGCAGAACGCAGCAGGAACCGGAAUCUGUAGCCUUUGCGUUGCUUCUUAGUCUCCUGAACCAACCCCUAUAUUUGAGAAGUGUGGCUCAUCUUGAACAGCUGCUGAACUUACUGGAGGUCAUCAUUGACAACGCUGAACGAAAGUCUGAGUCUGCUGACAGAUCAGAUGGGUCUGCCAGCGAGCAGCAGUCAACACAGCAAGCAUUAGAAGUUGAAAACAAUUCAGAAAACCAAGAUAUAGUACCUGGCACAGCUGAUACAAUGACCAAACCAAUUGUCUCAUCUGGAAGUUCGUCAACCAGAGCAGAGAGUGAAUGUGAUGUUCACAGUGUGUUGCUAAAUCUUCCCCAGUCAGAGCUGUGUCUGCUUUGUUCAUUGCUUGCACGUGAAGGUUUGUCAGAUAACGCAUACACCCUUGUAGCGGAGGUGCUGAAAAAACUUGUGGCCAUUGCUCCAAGCCAUUGUCAUCUGUUUAUUACUGAGCUUACAAAUGGAAUUCAGAACCUGACAAGAUCGGCGAUGAGUGAACUUCACAUGUUCGGUGAAGCCGUAAAAGCGCUUCUAAGUAGCACAACAUCGGAUGGAUCAGCAAUAUUGCGGGUUUUGCAGGCAUUAAGUUCCCUCAUUGAUUCGUUAAUCACAAAAGGGAAAAACAAUUCAGAAGAGCAAGUUGCGGUGUUUUCUCAGCUAUCGAACAUCAAUUUGGCUUUGGAACCUCUGUGGCUGGAGUUGAGCAAUUGCAUAUGCAAAAUAGAGGGGCAUUCUGAUUCUUCUUCUGUUGCUACGUCUCCAUCUUCGAGUUCAGCAACAAGGGGAGCUGGAGUAAGCCAGUCACUUCCUGCUGGUGCCCAAAACAUCUUGCCUUAUGUAGAGUCGUUUUUUGUUACCUGUGAGAAAUUGCAUCCAUCAUCACAAGCUGGUUCAGGUAAUAAUGAUACCUCGGUUCCCAUGGCUUCUUCUGAUGUUGAGGAACAGCCCAAGGGGGGUCCAGGACCAAGCAGCAGCUCCAACUCCAAAGUGGACGAGAAAUAUGGUUCUUUUAUCAAGUUUUCUGAAAGGCACAGGAAACUACUCAAUGCUUUCAUCCGACAAAACCCUGCUCUGCUUGAGAAGUCGUUUUCACUAAUGCUCAAGGUUCCACGUUUUAUUGAAUUCGAUAACAAACGUGCAUACUUCAGAUCAAAGAUAAAACACCAGCAUGACCAUCACCAUAGCCCUUUGAGAAUCUCAGUGAGAAGAGCCUACAUUCUUGAAGAUUCAUACAACCAAUUGCGAAUGAGGUCAAUGCAAGAACUGAAAGGCAGGUUGACUGUUCACUUCCAAGGAGAAGAAGGUAUUGAUGCUGGUGGGCUUACGAGGGAAUGGUAUCAGCUAUUGUCAAGGGUUAUUUUUGACAAAGGAGCUCUUUUGUUCACAACCGUUGGCAAUGACUCGACUUUCCAACCGAAUCCAAACUCUGUUUACCAGACAGAGCACCUCUCCUACUUCAAAUUCGUUGGUCGUGUGGUUGGAAAAGCUCUGUUUGAUGGUCAACUACUUGACGUCCAUUUUACUCGUUCUUUUUACAAGCAUAUCUUGGGAGUUAAGGUCACGUACCAUGAUAUUGAAGCCAUAGAUCCUGAUUACUAUAAAGCCUUGAAAUGGAUGCUGGAGAAUGAUAUUAGCGAUGUAUUAGAUCUCACUUUUAGCGUUGAUGCUGAUGAGGAAAAGCUAAUACUGUAUGAAAAAACGGAGGUGACGGACCAUGAACUGAUCCCUGGAGGCCGGAACAUUAAAGUUACAGAGGAGAAUAAGCAUGAAUAUGUAGACCUGAUCGCUGAGCAUCGAUUAACCACAGCCAUUCGUCCUCAGAUAAAUGCAUUCCUCGAAGGGUUUAGUGAACUCAUCCUUAAGGAUCUAAUAUCGAUCUUUAACGACAAGGAACUGGAGUUAUUAAUAAGUGGUCUUCCUGAUAUCGACUUGGAUAAUCUGAGGGCGAAUACUGAAUAUUCUGGGUACAGUCCUGGAUCCCCUGUUAUCCAGUGGUUCUGGGAGGUUGUUCAGGCUUUGAGCAAAGAAGACAAAGCCCGUCUAUUGCAGUUUGUGACUGGAACCUCUAAGGUUCCUCUUGAAGGAUUUAGUGCUCUUCAAGGGAUUUCAGGAGCACAGAAGUUUCAGAUUCACAAGGCAUAUGGAAGCGUUAAUCACUUGCCGUCUGCUCAUACCUGUUUCAAUCAGUUAGAUCUGCCAGAGUACCCGUCGAAGGAACAUCUGCAGGAGAGGCUGCUGCUUGCAAUCCAUGAGGCAAGCGAAGGAUUCGGAUUUGGUUAACACAAACCAGCUUCCUUUUUUUUUUAGCCAUUUCAUUCUAUACAUAUACCUUUUGGGCAAAACGAACGAUUUUCUCUGUAAUUCUUACUCUUACUACCUUUGCUUUUCUUAAGAGUAUGUUUAAUAGAUCUUUUUAGAGAACAUUCCAUUAAAGCACAUUUUGUGUUUGUAAUUUCACAAACAAUUUAUCGUACCCAUUGACUCGAG